UAUGGGAGGUGGCAAGACUGAUAAGGGACUCUAUUCGCAUGGCUAUGGUGGUCAUGGUUAUGGAUAUCCUCCUGCAGGGCAGUAUCCUCCUCCCCCGACAGCAUAUCCUCCGCAAGGUUACCCGCCACAAGGCUAUCCACCGGCCGUAGGGUAUCCGCCUGCUGGCUACCCACCACCACCGCCACCAGUCGCGUAUCCUCAAGCUGGUUACCCUCAACCUAGUUAUCCACCUGGCCCAUAUUCUCAACCUUAUUCAGGGCAUGGUGGACUGGGGGGACUUUUAGCCGGGGGUGCUGCUGCUGCUGCGGCUGCCUAUGGUGGUCACCGCUUGUCACACGGCGGCUACUCUGGGUAUGGCGGGCACCAUUAUGGUGGCAAGUUCAAGCGUGGAAAGCUCGGGAAAUUCAAGCAUGGAGGCAAAUUCAAGAAGUGGAAGUGAUCCUCGAUCACUCGUGCAGCAACAUGAAUUGAGACUCUUGGCUCUCUAGAACUGCCAAGUUUUUUAAAUAAUCAAAUUUAUCUUAAAUAAUGUCUCGAGUCUUUGCUAGCUGUGCUUAUUUGACAAGAUUAUAACUAUAUCAGCCUUCUGGCUUCUACGAGAAUAUCAUAUGUUACGCAAAUAUUAUGUGAAAAACUUUAAAGACUUUGUUUGAAGUUUUCCAAGCA